UGGUCAUUGACAUGGCACGUGCCCCAGUUGCGGCUCGUGGUCAAGGCGCGUUUGAAGCUGUCGCUGGGUUGGUAGGUGGUCGUGGCCGUGGCCGUGGGCGGGCUGCUGGUGGUCGUGGACGUGCCAUCGGCCGUGGAGGUUCUAAUACUGGGUGUGCCCCUGUUUCUGAUUGUGUUGCUGGCCGUGUGGAUGCUACUCGUCGGGUGCCUGUCGCUGGAGCCCAGCCUGUCGCCAGGCGUCGGGGUCCUGCUCGGCGGGUGCCUGCCGCUGGAGCCCAGCAUGUUGCCGGGCGCCGGGGUGCUGCCUGGCCGGUGCCUAACAUUGGGGUCCAGCCUGUCGCCAGUCGUGGGGGUGCUGCUCGGCGGGUGCCUGCCACUGUAGACCAGCCUGUCGCCGGGCGUGGGUGUGCUGCUCGGUGGGUGCCUGCCGCUGUAGACCAGCCUGUUGCCGGGCGUGGGGGUGCUGCUCGACCGGUGACUGGCACCGGCCGUGCUGUUGGACUUGGGGCUGCUGUCCCUGCUCGGCGGGUGCCUGGUGCUGGGAUUGCUAGGCAUUACGUGCCGCGUCAGCCUAUUGGGUUUCCUCCUCGCAGGCGUACAUGUGAUGGUUGGUUUCCUUAUCUGAGCUUGGCCGUGGCGGCUGCAAAUCGCAGAAAACGGAAAGGGUGCGUUGAGUUUCGGCGUGCUCACUAUGAAGAACGUGUCGCCGACGGCACCUUGCCGAAGGAUUGGCAUGGUUUCUCGGUUUAUGUGAGCUCGGAGGUUACCGGGGUGGAUCGCAACAAACGGAAAAGGCGUAAAGUGUCGAUUAGACUGCGUCGUCCUGGACAUGAAGAUGUUGUUGUCAAAGGGCCUUUGCCGAAGGAUUGGCAAGGUUUCUCGGUUGGAUUUGCUGAGUCUCUUAAAGUCCUAUAUACUAUUGAGUUCCAGAAGCGUGGGCUGCCACACGCGCAUAUACUUGUCUGGCGGAUAGGGGGCAACGGUGAGAUUGGUGUUGAAAAUAUUAAUUCAUUAAUAUCUGCUGAGAUACCUGAUGCGUUGCUUGAUCCUCUAGGGUAUGCUUUAGUUUCCGAAUUUAUGAUGCACAGUCCGUGUGGUGAAAUGAACGAUAAAUGUGUCUGCAUGAAAAAAGGUGUUUGUUCUAAAUAUUUUCCAAAGGAUUUUAGAGAUGCUACUGUCAUUGAUGAUAACGGGUUUGUCUUAUAUCGACGUCGCGACGACGGUCGAAGGGUUUAUAAAAAUGGUUACUUUCUUGACAAUAGGCAUGUUGUUCCUUAUAAUAUGGCCAUGCUCAAGAAAUUUCAGGGUCAUAUAAAUGUAGAGUGGUGUAAUAAGACACAAGUGAUGAAAUACCUUUUCAAGUACGUCACCAAGGGUGCUGAUUACUCUAAGGUCAUGUUAGAAAGGUUAAAAAAAUUGACUAAAUCUGGUUGUCGUACAGUGGACGAGGAUCAGGAGUAUUUGAUAUGUCGUUAUAUAUGUGAGUAUGAUGCAUUAUGGCGCAUAUUUGGGUUUGAGAUACACUUUAAAAUGCCGUCGGUUCAAAGGCUCACUGUUCAUAUGCCUGGCAUGAAUACUGUCUACUGUCGUGUUGGUGUUGACCUCACAAAAAUUGUUGGUUCUGACUUCUUGAAAAAGACUAUGCUUACUGAAUGGUUUGUUGCGAAUGAGAUGUUCGAAGAAGCUCGGUCAUUGACGUACUGUGAUUUUCCAAUUGCUUGGACAUGGGAUGUUAAAAGUAGGUCAUGGCAUCCAAGGGGUAGGGGUGAAAAGAUUGGCCGCGUAUAUUAUGUGCAUCCUUUGAGUGGUGAAUUGUAUUAUUUACGCAUGCUUUUGAUGAUUGUUAAGGGGGCUAGGUCUUUCGAAGAUCUCCGAACGUAUGCUGGUCGUCUUUAUCACACCUUUAAAGAGGCUUGCGCUGCGCGUGGUUUAUUAGGAGAUGAUAGUGAGUGGUACACAACGUUUGAUGAAGCGGUUGUCUGGGGUUUGGGCAUCGGCUUAGGCAGCUGUGAACAAUCUGAUGAUAAUCAUCUAAUCCAUGAGGAAUUGUCUUAUGAUGCAUGUGCUUUAGCAGAACAAUCCUUAGUUAUGUUCGAUAGUUUAAAUGAGGACCAGUUGUUUGCUUAUAAGACGAUUGUGGGGUGCGUACAGGCGGGGGAACCAGGCUUUUUUUUUGUCUCUGGGUACGGCGGUACUGGGAAGACUUACCUGUGGAGUGCAAUCUGUGCUUUCCUUAGGGGUGAGAGGAAGAUAGUGCUUACUAUUGCAUCGUCCGGCAUUGCAUCGCUGUUGUUGCCUGGUGGGAGGACUGCUCAUUCUCGCUUUAAAAUACCUAUUCUUCUUGAGGAUAAUACACAAUGUGAUAUUAAAAGAGGUUCUAGGCUUUGUAAGUUGAUGAUGGUAUCUUCGCUUGUUAUUUGGGACGAGGCGCUUAUGACACACAGGAAAUGCUUUGAGGCCGUAGAUAGAACGUUGCGUGAUGUCCUCUCUGUGGGUAAUCCAGAUCUUGCAGAUGUUCCGUUUAGUGGAAUAGUAAUGGUCUUGGGUGGUGACCUUAGACAAAUCUUACCGGUCGUCGAGGGAGGUACUAGGCCUCAGAUUAUUGAUGCAGCGAUCACAAAUUCCCCGCUGUGGCGCUCUGUUCGGAAAUUAUCUCUUUCUAUUAACAUGCGCUUAUUUGUCCCUGGGGCGGCUAUUCAGGCGCGGCAGGAUGUUGCCUUGUUUAGCAGAUGGGUUCUAGAUCUGGGGGAGGGGAAGCUGCCUGUUACAAAGAGAGGUGAUGAUGUCGAGGCUUCUUGGAUACAGAUACCAGAUGACCUCUUGGUUCGUACGACCGGUGACCCAAUAGCUGCUAUUGUUUCUUCUGUCUAUGGUGAUUUUUUACUCAACUACCUAAACUCUGGCUACUUGCAAGAGAGAGCCAUUUUAGCUCCUACCAACGACCAUGCUGAGGAUAUUAAUGACUAUAUUAUUAAAUUGGUUCCUACUGAUAGCAGGGACUAUUUAAGUGCUGAUUCUAUUGACGACUCUGCAGAUUCUGUUAGAGACAAAGAAGUUUAUUAUCCAGUUGAGUACCUGAAUGCAACUAAAAUUAUAAACUUCCCAAACCAUAGGCUGACUCUUAAGGUUGGUGUUCCAAUUAUGCUUCUUAGAAACCUUAGCCAGGCAAAUGGUUUGUGUAACGGUACCCGGCUGAUCGUAAAAGAAUUGGGCGACCGGCUUAUCAAGGCUGUUAUUAUGACUGGCUCCAAUGUGGGUGAUACCGUUUAUAUCCCCAGGAUUGAGUUAUUGGCGAAGAAAGGAAACACACCCUUUGUGCUUAGGCGACGCCAGUGUCCUGUUCGUUUGUGCUAUGCCAUGACAAUCAAUAAGAGCCAGGGACAGACCCUGUCUGCUGUUGGCAUAUAUCUUAAGGGUCCUGUUUUUACGCACGGGCAGCUGUAUGUGGCAGUGUCUCGUGUUACUUCAAGAGCUUCUUUGAAAAUCCUUAUAUUAGAUGCUAAUGGCAACUGUGGUUCUGAGACCAAAAACAUUGUUUUUCCUGAGGUCUUUCGGGCCGCAGGGAUGGCCUAG